AUGUCGUCCGGCUUUGUCUCGGGAGGGACCAUCGACGAGCCGGUGGAGCGUGACGAUGAGUGGCGCCGGGUCCAGCAGGAGCUCGAGGAGGAGCGGAGGCGGAAGGCGGAGAUGGGCAGGCAGGAGGGCGGAAAGAGUCUGUACGAAGUUCUGCAGCAGAACAAGAUGGCCAAGCAGGAGGCCUUUGAGGAGAAGAUGCGCCUGAAGAACCAGUUCCGAGCCCUGGACGAGGAUGAAGUCGAGUUCCUCGACUCUUUGCUUGAGUCCACCAGAGCGAAGGAAGCCGCUCUCAAGAAGGAGACUGCCGAGCAGCUGGCCGCGUUUCGUCGUCAGCGCGAGGAGGCAGACCGCGCCCUGCUGGAAAGCUCCACGACCGGUGAGCAUCCAAAUUCCUCUGGCGGGCCCUCCAGAUCCAUGGUCGAAGAAGAGCAGUGGACCAUCUCAGGACGGAAGAGGAAGCGCAACAAGAAAGACCUGUUAUUUCCCGCCAAGGUGAGCAGGUCUUCCGCUACCGAUGCGGCAAACCCUUCAUCGGAACGGAAGGUGAGCUCGGAUGCCACGAGCCCUCCAGCAAGGGCUGGCGAACAGGAGGAAAAGCUUGCACAUCCUCCAACAUCUACUUCCCCGCCAUCGAAGAUUCGUACGGAUCCCAAGCCUUUGGGAGACACUUCACCAGCCCCUCCAAAGCGUGAAGAGGAUCAUCCCGUGUCACCUGAACAAGGUAAAAACCCAGCAGACAGCAAGGAAUCGGAAGUAAAAGCCGCACAUCCUGCGCCAUCACUUGGGCUGGUUGCCUAUAGUUCCGAUGAAGAGUGA